AUGCUGCAAGCCAUUGAUACGUUCGUCUACCGGGCUGGUACUAGUCGCGGGCUGUACUUUCUGGCUAGUGAUCUACCCUACGAACAGAGUGCCCGUGAUGCGGUGUUGCUUUCCAUCAUGGGGUCUGGCCACCCAUUGCAGAUCGACGGCAUGGGAGGUGGCAACUCGUUGACGUCCAAGGUGGCACUUGUCUCGCCAAGUACACAUGGAACUGCGUUUGACGUCGACUACCUCUUCUGCCAGGUCGGCGUUACCGAGCGAAUCGUCGACACCGCACCCAACUGUGGCAACAUGAUGACCGGUGUUGCUGCGUUUGCUAUCGAACGAGGCCUCGUCAAGCCUCAUCCUUCGGAUACGACAUGUCUUGUUCGCAUCUUUAACCUCAAUUCCAAGCAGGCUUCCGAACUCAUAAUCCCUGUCCAAAAGGGUCGAGUUCACUACGACGACGUGGAUGAAAUGGGCCUUCAGCGUCCCUGUGCUCGCGUCGGCCUGCGGUUCCUCGAUACCAUAGGUGCAUGCACAGGCAAGCUAUUGCCCACCGGAAAUCCCACCGACUGGAUCGAGGGACUCGAGGUAUCCAUCAUCGACUCGGCCGUCCCCGUGGUUUUCAUUCGUCAAGCCGACGUUGGCAUCACCGGCCGCGAGUUGCCUACCACGCUUAACGCCAAUAGCGAGCUGCUCGGACGACUAGAACGCGUCCGUCUCGAAGCGGGUCGACUCAUGGGGUUGGGGGAUGUAUCUUCGAGCGUUGUACCAAAGAUCUCACUCAUCGGCCCGGGUACAGAAGUCACGACUUUCACGGCAAGAUACUUCACCCCCAAAGCUUGUCACAACGCACAUGCUGUCACUGGUGCCAUAUGCACGGCCGGAGCGGCAUACAUACCUGGAACGGUUGUCUCAGACAUCUAUUCGUCGCGCACGCCUUCGCUUGCUUCGUCUCCAAGUAUGACUACCGCCUCGUCGACACCUCAGCGUCGCAUUUCGAUCGAGCAUCCUAGUGGCAUUCUCGAGGUCGGCCUUGCUGCAGCUGCGGAAGAGGCACAAGCGCAGCUGAACAUUGCCUUUGUCGAGCGCUCCGUUGCCCUGAUCGCUCAUGCUCGCGUGUUUUACGUCACUCCCGACCGCCGCCUGUCCCGCGAGACACCGAUCACUUCCCCCGACAUGACGGUGAACCGGCAAGACUUCUUCGGUCAAAACUAUAGGCCUGUAAGGCGACAAUCGGGCCAGGCUACAGAUCCGUCUGGCUUCGACCUGUUCGAGCUCAACACGAAAAGCUUGGAUCCGCGGAGUACGGCGCUGGAUGAUAUUGCGUCCAGCUACGAGGUCGCGCAACUCACAUGUGGCGAACGGCCGCACGAUUCGAGCCCCACCCCACUCGUGCUGUAA